GUGCUUAACUCUGUCAUAAUCAGAAAGUAUGCAGUCGUCUGUUCGAUGAUAUUAUCGCCUCUGUUAUAACAGGAUGAAAGAGCAAAUUUAAAUAGUAGACAUGGGUGUGUCUGGACAAGAUGAACGUGCUCUGUUGCUGGAUGAAAAACUGCUGACUUUCAUGGACCAGCUGGAAUUACUGGAAGAAAAACGAGCACGAUUGAACACACUCAUCGAGCAGGGAUGGUUUUCCAUUUCCAAGGCACGAUAUUCCAUGGGAAACAAACAAGUGUCAGCUCUUCAGUAUGCAAGUGAGAUGGAGCCACUGGUUUGUGUCCAUCUAAGAACACUCAACAAUGACAAUAUUGAAUUCUGCGCUGAAAGAGAGUCUCAAAAGUCUCAUACUGAGUGUAAGAAUGAGACAUCCGUUGAAGACGUUGGUCCACAAGAUGAAGGCAUCAGAAGAAGAAUAAAAACUAAAAAAGACAGCAGUGAAAAAGAGGUAGUUGCAGAAUUAAGGGGUAAUCUUCAACAAAACCCUCUUAAAUGGUUUGGAAUUUUGGUGCCACAAGCCCUGAAGCAAGCCCAGUCAUCAUUCAACCAAGUAAUAGAGCUGACGGCUGAGAUUGCAACUCUUCAGGUGGCAAUUGUAAACACCAGACAGGAGUUGAAGGACCACAUUCAGGAGAAAGUUUCAGCACCCCCAUUGGAAAAGGCUGAAUAACAAUGGAUGCUGAAAAUGAACAGUGUAUUUUUAGGAGGCAUCAAUUGUUUAGAAUACUAUAGAUCUAUUAGUCAUACGGUCCACACAGUGACCCCUAGUGCAGGGGUCACCAUCCCAUGGACCGGUAUCCCAAAGUUUUUGCAUGUUUAUGUUGUUGGUUGCGAGCAGCGACCCGUCCCACUUUGUUCGACGGUCCUGGAACGCACCAUUGUGCGUGUGCUAACUUUCUCCCAUGUUGCACAGAUAGACUACUAUACUGUAUUUUUAGCGUUCUCCUUUCACUUAAUAUUUGCUCCCAAAUGCUAAAACUGUGUGGGAAUGUAUAAAGGUAAGGUUGAUGACUUUAUUGAGUGCGAAUGUGCACAUUCUGUGCACAACUUCAUGUUAAAUCAUGCUAGCACGUUGCCUGUUAUCACACAUAUCAAACAGCAACGUUAUGCUCUUCUCUCUGAAAAACAAACUCCAGGCUCGAUCUGGUGGAUGGUAGAUGUAUUCAUUUUGUGCUUUUAAUGUGAUGCUGUUCCUGUCUUAAUUUUACACAACAUAUAAUAAAUAAUGUACGAACCACAAAUUAAAAAUGGGACCACUGGCCUGGUAGUUGGUACGUCAGCCUCACAGUUUGUUUGGAUGUUUUCUCAGUACGUGCGUAGGUUUUUCCCCAGCUACCCCGGCUUUCUUCCACAUGUUACCAGUAAUUGGAUAAUCUCAAUUGCUUGUUUUUCUAUAUGUGCCCUGUGAUUGAAUGUGUACUAGGCCUUUUGCUCAAAGUCAGCUGGGAUAGGCUCCAGCCCAUCUAUCACCCUAAUGAGGACAUGCGGUAUAGAACAUGGAUGGUUGGAUUUUUAGUCAUACUUCAGCAUAUGUGUUGUUGUUAAUGUUGAUGUGCGCUACUAUCAUUAAAAUUCAUCACCUCUUGGGGUACAUUGGCUUGUCACUGAGGUGGUAUCCGCAAACCUGUACAGUAUACCUGUAUCUUUUCGGCUCUGGAAAAACCUACUGUUACCUUGGUGUCUAAUAAUGUGAUAUACUGAAUUUAGACAGUACUGUUAGGGACGUAAAUUACAUAUUGUAGUGCUAU